UCUUAUGGAUGAUUCAAUUAAAGUUCUAACUCAACUGGGUGUAACCAAGGAAAAAGCCCGUGAUGCUUUAUCGAGAUUUAAUGGAGAUGUGGAACGCGCUGCAAACUUUAUAUUUACUGACACUGAAGAAACUCCUGGAUUGGCACCAUUAGGUUCAGAUUCACAAAAUGAUAACUGGAAUCAAGGAGGGGAUAGCGUGUUAGGUUAUCUUGAUAGACCAAACGAUUCAACCUCUUUUGAAACUGAGGAUCGUGAUAUGAAAACAGCGAUAGAAGCCUCUAUGGCUGAUAAAGAAAAUGAAGAUCUCAAAAUGGCAUUAGAAAUGAGCGAGCAGACAACCUCGUACCCAGAUCCUAAAGACAGUUACGGUGAUUCUCGGGCCGUCGUUUUGUAUAAUGGCAAUAAUAAGAAUUGGUGUGAUUGGGAACAGCCGGUGAAAAGACAAAAGCUUGACACAACUCCUCUUGGGUUGAAACCGGUGAUCGAUUAUUAUUAUGCCAGUUCUUUUUUUCAAGCAUUGUUUCACAUUCCUAUUUUUCGAUUGUCUUUGUUGGCAUUUCGUCCAACUAAAGACGAUUGGGGCAAUGUAGAAGGUUAUUGGAAAGGUCAAAAACAUUAUCGUAGCUACACUAAUGAUGAUAAUUCCAAACUUUAUAGUAGCGUGAAUCGACAGGAAUCUUUAAAAUUCAUUCAUGAAGUUCAAAAGCUCUUUGGUUUUCUAUCGUUGAGUCAAAGAGCAUAUGGCGACUCAAGUCAAUUAAUGGAUGUUUUGGAUUUUGAUGAAAAAGCAAUUUGGAAUGAAGCGGAGGUCGUGUCUAGUUUUACUAAUAAAUUAAUUACUAAAUUAUUGGAAGGAUCUAAUUAUCGAGAUCGAGUUUCUGGAGAUCAAGAUAUUCCGACCGAUCUUCAACCAUAUAUUUUAGAUUUUGAAAAGUUUAAAAUAUAUCCUAGUUGUCUUACAAUUUAUGAUGCAUUAGAUCGUGUAAUGCAAGAAUCGAAAGGGAAUUUGCGUAAACCUUUCUUUACACAACUAGCACAUAUAUUGAUAAUGAACUUAAAACAUAAGGAUAGUGAUGGCAAUGUUAGUUUCCCUACUUUUCAAGGGGAUUCAACAUUCCAAGUUCUUAAAGAAAUAUAUAUGGAUCGUUAUAUGUAUGAAAAUAGUCAAUUUGUUGAAAGAUGUUGGCAAAAAAUUGAAAUAAUGAAGAAUGAACUCGAAAAAAUAAACCAAAGUAUUGAUAAAAUUAUUAAAUUUCAGGGAAAACAUAAUGGACCUGAUUUACUUAAAGGUUCAAUAGAGCAUUUUCAGCAAAAGUGUAACAAAGCAGAGGAAAAAGGAACAACCGAUGAUGAUGCGCAGCAGACAAAGACUUGGUUGGAGGGUGUCUUGGAUAAAGUUGAACAAAAAUUGAAUGCACUGUUUGGAAAAAAGGAUGAACUAGAACAAAACAUUAAACAAAUAUUUGAUAUACCUGAUAUGAAAAAAUAUCAUUAUCGUCUUAAAGCAGUUUUAGUUCAUAAUGGACAAUCAGGAUCAGGAAAUCACUGGGCUUAUAUAUGGGUUUCAAGGUGUAGCAAAUCAGAUAAUCGUAUUUCUAGUACCAUGGAUAAUGGUAACUGGAUGAAAUUCCAAGAUAAUUGUGUAGAAGAGGCAAUUGAAAACACGGUGCUUAAUGAACCAGGAAGUUACUAUUCGAGUCACAGUGUUUACACACUUUUUUAUGUAAAUGCACAAGUUGAUUACAAUUUUCCAAAUCUUGAGGAUGUUAUUCCUGAAUCACUCAAGGCUUUUGUAGAAAAGGACAAUCAAAUACUUGAGGAAGAAAUAGGUAAUCAAAUCCGGCAGGCAGAGUUACCAGACAAUAAUGCUAUGGAUAGUGGUACAUGGGAAUCAGAUUCUACUGCAUGUGGAGGAUUAUCAGAUUCUGAGAUGAUUCAAAAUCGCGUCAAUACAAUAAAUGAACAAGCAAAGAAUCUUAAAAUUUAUGAUGCACGAAUUUUGAAAAGAAUAGAAUUAUUUUUCGUUAAACUCGAUAAAGGUGAAGAAAUCAAAUCGCUUAUAACAGAAUACUCAAAAUCCAUAGCAGGAUUAGAUUGGAGCGAUCCUAUUCCUUUAGAUGAUAAUUAUCGUCAUAAUCAACGAUACGUUGAAAUUGUUAAGGCCUUUGAUGAUUUUAAAGAGAUAGCACAAUAUAUUGUUGAAGGUUUAGAUCAAAUGAUCAAAAAACGAGAUUUCGUUAAUGCAAUUCGUUAUUUUUAUAAAGCUAUACAACGUGAAAAUUCAUGGAUAGGAGAGAUGACAUCUAGUAUAUUUAUAAUUAAUGUGGAAAAGUUACGACGAACAAGUUUUAUCAUCUCAUAUGUGAAAAUUUGUUUAAAGAUUCUUAAUGAUGAGGCUUUGGAACAUGCCAAGAAAGAUGAAUUAUUCGAACAGGCUAUUGAAGAGGCUACAUUUGUUCUAAGAACAUUUAUAGUAUUUGAUAAAACUUGUGGAUCGGAUGUUUUAUUUAACGAAUUUUUACAAGAAUGGGUACAGGUACAAGCGCAUGCAGAUAAAAUGCAUGAAAAUUUAAUUUCAGAAUUAGUUAGCGAAUACUGUUUAGUUAUCGACGUUACUGAUAAAGAUGAGACGAAUAUUCCAUUUAGCAUUGUGGAUGACAUUCCCUUGGAUAAUGAUGAUACACUAUUUGAUAGGUACAGACAACUAACAUGUAAAUGUAAAGAGGUCUUUAAUAACUAUAGUUUUGUACCGGAUCCACAAUAA